CAUCUUAUGAGCUAUAAGCUGUCUUUGACAUUGCUUGUUUUCAAACUUGCUACCUGUCACUAUGACCCUCCUGAGAACAAACUCCGUGAUUUCAGUCCGCAAGCGAACCAUCCCUCCUCAGAACAAGUUACCUAAAACAUUUUGUUGACUCUGGCUUCAGUGACCUUACCAAGAUGAUCUGGAUUUGAACUAUUAUGUAUGUACAAAGUACUCACCCAGUGCAUUGCAGGUUUAACUGGAGAGAAGACCAUAUACCGGAGGCGAGCAGAGAAAGAGCCAGAAAUGGGAACACCACAAACAAAACAAAAACGACUUAAACUCGUGAUAGAUGUUUCUGGCAGUAUGUAUAGGUUCAACAAUUAUGAUGGUAGGCUUGAUCGUGAGAUGGAAGCAGUGGUGUUGGUAAUGGAAGCAUUCCAAGGCCAUGAAGGCAGAAUCCAAUAUGAUAUAGUUGGACAUUCAGGCGAGAGCCACAACAUAACAUUCAUAGACCACAAAAAUCCACCUGCUGACAACAAACAACGAUUAGACAUCAUCAAGACAAUGCAUGCCCAUUCACAAUUCUGCGUGUCAGGUGACAACACCCUAGAAGCCACACAGUCUGCAAUAGCCUCUCUAAGCCAAGAGGACUGUGACGAAGCAAUUGUGGUUAUACUGUCUGAUGCAAAUCUGGAGCGUUAUGGCAUUCCUCCAGAGAUGUUUGCAAGAGCAAUGAAUUCAAAUCCAAGAGUCAAUGCAUAUGCCAUCUUUAUUGGCUCAUUAGGAGAUCAGGCAUCAAGAUUAACAAGCAAGCUGCCAGCUGGGCGAUCAUUUGUAUGCCUUGACUUAAAGAACAUCCCACAGAUUCUGCAGCAGAUUUUUGCGGCUUCAGUUCUCAAUACUCAGUGAUCACAGUCCUUUCAUAGUGUCCAUUCUUACUAUACAGAAUUGUACUUCACAAUUUAAAUAUUAUAGUUUGUAAUUAUGAUUCCAUGUAAUAUAUGAGAAUACAAGACCUCAACCUAAUAAUUCUAGAUUGCAGCAGUGACAGCAAGAGAAUGAUGGUCUUGAUGUAAUGGUUUGUGUUCUCUGGAUAUUGAUUUCAGUAAGCUGAAUAGUGACAUAUAACCUGAAAGUCUAGUAUGCAGAAUAAGCCAGCUAGUAGUCUCUUCAAUUCUCUAACUCAUUUCAAACCUUUCCUUCAUGUGCAUUCUUUCUGAUAUGUGAUAUGUACUUUCAGAUAUCUUUCAGGUUAUGGACAUAUAUUAAUAAUAUGACAGGUGUUUUAAUAAUAAUAAUAAUAAUAAUAAUAAUAAAAUCAAAUCCUUAUUUAUUUGCAUGCCAACUCAACAGCCCAAGGGCCUACAAAGUGAGGAGUGAAAGAAAGGAAACAAUGAUGAUUAUAAAAUAACUUUGAUUUUUCAUUUAGAAGCUAAAAUGAAAAUAAUAAUAAUAAUAACAACAAAAUUUGAGUAACAAUUUAGAAGUGAUAAAGUAAUGAUCAUAAUAAUUAUGUCCACUUACUGCAGUGUUUGACGACAGCCAAAAGACAAUUACAGGCAAGCACUGGAGAAAGAAAACACAUUAAUACAGAAGUAGUGAACAACCAAAAACAAAGAUGAAGAGAAAUAAGAACAUUAUGACUAACAACUACAUAUCACAAGAACAUUAUUAACAAUUUUAGGCACAAGAUUAUAAAAUAUGUGAGAAACCUUUCCAAUUGGAAGUAUGUCGAGAUCUUUACCCAUCGCGUUGGCAGCAUAGGCGCACCGGGCA